GGUGGUCGCCUAUGACUUGGUCUCCGUCGGGGAGCUGGCUACAGUGCACGGCCCCAGGCAUCUUACCGCUGUCAGCUAUGGUCGCCGCUCGAUGCGGCUGAACACCGUGGCCGUUGGUGCAGGAGCUUACGUUGGUCCGAACUGCACUUUGGAACCCGGGUGCAGAGUCGUGGACGGGGCUUACGUGGAGCCACUCUCGUCAGUGCGAGAGGGACAG